AUGUUCCUACCAAUUAUCUUGGUGACGGUCUGUCUUGCCAGUACCUCGGUCUUGGCUUCAUACGACAAAACAUUCUACGACGUGGAAGACGCUGAGAACCUGUUCGAUGACUUUCUCCAAGAACAUAAAAAAGUAUACAACCGUAGAGAGUAUAACGAAAGGCUUGCAAUUUUCAAGAAGACAUUAAAACAUAUAAAUGAGCAAAAUGAGAAAUUUCCUGAUACCGUAUUUGCAUUAAAUCACUUCGCUGACUUGAAGCCUCACGAGUUAGAGUGUUAUCGUGGUUUCAAACUCCCAAAAGAUGUGAAUUUGACGAAAGUUGAAAUCACCGAGGGAUUGGGUAGUGCGCCUGAAUCAUUUGACUGGAGAAAACAAAAUAAGGUUACACAUGUUAAGAACCAAGAGCAAUGUGGCAGCUGCUACAUCUUCAGUGCUGUUGGUGAUAUUGAAGGGCAGUACGCUAUUAAACAUGGCCAGCUUGUAUCUUUGUCCGAAAUGCAAGCUCUCGACUGCCUUACUGUUGGAACUUGUGGAGGAGGAUACAUGCAUCAAGUUAUGCAGGAAUUAGCUAAACGACCAAUGAAGUUGGAGAGGGAAGAUGAUUAUCCCUAUACAGCACCACCCAAACAAGACUGUCAUCAUGACCCCAGCAAGGGAGUUGUCCAGUGCAUAAGUGGUAAAAAACUAUCAAUAAUGGACGAAGAACAGCUGAAGACCCAAUUACACAAACGUGGCCCUAUGUCGAUUGCUUUAAACGCCGCGGACUUUGACUACUACACUAAAGGUAUACUAAUACCUAAUGUGUGCAAAGGGCAAGACCCAAAUCAUGGUGUACUUUUGGUGGGAUACGGAGAAGAAAACGGCAAAAAGUUCUGGAUAAUCAAGAAUUCGUGGGGAACUGGCUGGGGCGACGAAGGCUACGUAAGAAUAUUGCGAGGAGUCAACGCAUGCGGUAUUGGGUCUUACAUAGCCGAAUCCACUGUGGCAUAAUUCUCUAUUUUUACCUUUUCGGAGCAUCAGAAAAAA